AUUUUAAUCAUGAUAUCUGAUAAAGUUUGCAAUUCCCUUCGUGUAUUACAAAUAAUUUAAAUGACUUUGUCCGUCAAUGACAUUGACGGAAUCAAGCUGUCAUUUUUUGACAAAACAAUACGUAUUUUUUGUCGUCAUACCGGACGAACGACCACGACCGGUUUUUGGAUGUUUAAGCUCAGUGUCAACCUUACCCGCUCAGCAACACACUACAUCAAACGCACAAUGUCUAGUCAAGAACAAGAUGUGCUGUUUGAAACAUUAAACAAUGCAGGAAUCAUCACUUUGAACAGACCAAAAGCUUUGAACUCUCUCAACACAUCUAUGGUAACAAAGAUACUACCACAGCUUCAAGAAUGGGAAAAUAAGAAGACCUUGGUAAUAGUAAAAGGGGCUGGUGACAAAGCAUUCUGUGCUGGUGGAGAUGUAAAAGCAGCCAUUGAUAAAGUGGAAGGCCCAAGGUUCUUCUACACAGAGUAUAAUUGCAACUACCUUAUCGGUAAAUACAAGAUCCCAUACAUAGCUAUCAUUAAUGGCAUUACAAUGGGAGGUGGUCUUGGUCUGUCUGUUCAUGGAAGGUACAGGAUAGCUACUGAGAAGACUGUCAUUGCCAUGCCUGAAACUAAGAUUGGACUGUUCCCUGAUGUUGGAGGCUCAUAUUUCCUGCCCAGGUUGCAGGUCAACUUAGGUCUUUAUCUGGGACUCACUGGUGACAGACUAAAGGGUUGGGAUGUAGUGAAGUCAGGUAUAGCAACACAUUAUGUACCAAGUAAGAGACUGUAUGAACUAGAAGUCUUAUUAUCCAGGUGCACUGAUGAAGUGGAGGUUGAUAACCUGCUGAACAAAUUCCAUGAACCUUCAGAACAAUUCUCAUUGUCUGACAAUAUCAAACACAUUAACUAUUGCUUUGCUGCUUCUACUAUUGAAGAGAUCAUUGAAAGAUUGGAGAAAGUACAGAAUGACUGGUCUGAGAAGACUUUAAAGACCCUCAGCCAGAUGUGCCCUGGUUCCCUAAAGAUCACAUUGCGCGCGCUACAGCGCGGCGCUCAGCUGGAGCUCGGCCAGUGUCUAAAGAUGGAGUACCGCGUCGCCUGCCGUGCUACUGAGAACCAUGACUUCCCUGAAGGAGUUCGCGCCCUCCUUAUCGACAAGGACAACAAUCCUCAAUGGAAGCCUAAGACCCUCGCUGAAGUAGACGACGACUACGUUGAGAGCUACUUCAAGAAACUGCCACAAGACAAGGAACUCCAGUUCUUCGACUCCAAGCUGUAAGCUUUGAUUCUUGUUACGUAAGCAGUAAGGUUCGAAAUUAUGCUGCGAUUGCUUCAGGAUGUAAGCGAAUUUAUAAUAUUUUAGUGGCUACUGAUAUGUCAUCAUUUAUAAGUGUUUUUUUACAUUAUUAAGAUCAUGAUCAAGCAUAUUAACAUAAUCACAUUACGCAGUGCUUCCUUCAUUAUUGGCCAUUGUUAUGCAGGUAUUGCAAGUGUUACCAUUGUUGAAAAUAUUUUAGAAUCGAACCUUCAUUCCCUGUGACCUUGCGUAUGUAAAUGUACGAAUAAAUAAAAUACUAAUCUAACAAUUUGAAUGUAUUGUGUGUAAGCAGUGUUUGUUUAAGAUAUAUUUUUUAGCAUUUUUAUUCUCAACGCAUUUCAGUAGCCACAUUUGACUGAUAAGAAAUAUGGUGCAAUUUGUAAUGCAGUUCAUAGCCAUAUAGUAUAGAUGCCAGGUUUAUUUCUAAGUCUUCCAUUUAAGAGUUCCUUAGAUUUUUUACAUUUUUUUUUUCAUAAAAUUUUAUAAUGUUUUGUUUUCUUUUUCUACCAGUAUAGCUAAGGGCUCGAACCUGUUUACGAUACUCAUUCAGCGAUCUCUUUAUCUAAGUGAAGAGAUAUUUCGUACAAUGAGCUCAUAAACAUUUGUAAUGCCAAUUAUGGCGUUCAAGUGCAAUUAAAAACAUUUUUUACCCAAGUGCCCUUACAUAUUAGAUAUAUAUGUACCAUUUAUAAUUGGUUUGUCAUGUUUAAUGUAUCAUGCAUUUUCUAUACCUACACAUUUCAUCUAGAUAGUCAUUUAGUGCAAUUAAGAACGUGGAUAAGGCAACUAGGUCAUUAGUUAACACGUAAAAUAUGUUGCGAAAAUGUGCCUUCUUUUUAUAAACUAAUAAGGUAGGUUUUUCAUUCUUUCCAUUAUAGUGUGAGGUUAUGUCAGUUAUAAAGAUUGUCUUGAGCUUUUGUAAAGAAAAAAGAAAUGGACCUAACUCUAAGGCAAUGUAUAUGCAUUUAUUUCGAUUUAUUUACAAAUUUUAAACAAAAAUUAAACCUAUGUACUUUAUUUGGAUGUAUAUUUUGUGUAAAAAUGUAUAUUAAACGUGUUUGUUGUCUGUUAACGUUAAUCAAAUAAAGAGCAAAUUAUGUACUUUGUAUAA